GUCUGAUUACCCCGAGUAUUUGGAGUUGAGGCAGUAUCUGGGCAACUUCUCCACUCAUCGGAACUUGCCGUGCUUCACCAUCUCCAAAACCUCCUUUGGAGAGGAUAUCGGCCGACCUCUUCCGAGGACGAAGACCUCUGCGGACCACCUGGCGCCGGGCCACUAUCCUGUUGAUCGCGACUUUCCAACCAAGCGGAGAUAUGAGGAGGUGCCAUCUGGUUGGCUGACGAGGAGUGCGCGCGUGAAGCAGGUCUUCAUGCCCUACGAGGAUCGCAGCCAAGCCUUCCAGCGCCUCCUUCCUGGGGUCAAGAACCCCGGCCCUGGGCAGUACGAAGAAGGCAUGAGGAAGAAGCCCGUUCGUUCUCAGGAAGGCACUACACCGGAGUGGACUCUUCCGAAGAGCCAGGCGGCGACCGGCAGGCCUCUGCCGAGGCAAGUUACGGCGGCCGAUCAUUUGGGUCCUGGUUUGUACCAACUGCCGAAUCGCUUCACGGAACUCAGCUGGCGCAAAGCUAAGACCCUGGAGCGCGUGGCAAGGACCAGUCGA